GGUGAAAUAAAAGAAAUUCGCAUUUUUAAAGAAAAAGGAUUUUCAUUUAUUCGGUUUGAUUCACACGCAGCCGCCACUCGCGCAAUUGUAACGAUGCACGGCCGCCUUGUGGGAGACCAGUCUUGCAAAUGCUCUUGGGGUAAAGAACCCACCUACUCAAGUCGGAUGAACAACACGUCGCAGCAUACUUCCCCCGCUCUAUUAGAUGGCAACAGCCAGAACUCCAGUAUUGCACCGAACUGCGCUUCAAAUAAAACUAUGAAUGAUGCUCAAUUUUCGCAGCUCGCCACCAAUCCACCGUGGAGUUCUUGUGUUAGCCUAAACACAGAACCCUCAAUGGCCAAUUUCAGUUCUUCUAGCAAACUAAGCUACACGUCUGAAGCUAUGAACAGAAUGACGAAUCGGCCUGAUCUGGUCUACGACCUGACAAAUUCAGCUUCCCUCAGAACGACAAGCGCCCUAAGACCGACCACUUCCCCUCAACUAGUUGCAGAAAGAUACUGGCCAAAUAAUUGCUACCUGAAUGACGCAGAUGCCACUUUGCCAAACCUUCUGAUUGACCCAAACUCGCCGGUCUCCCUGACAAACGCAAAAUCAAGUCUUGCAAAUCCACUGAUUCAAACAACGCUUGGAUUGACGGAUAGCAACUGUCAACAGCCCGGUCCAAUGUCAUGUGACAUGACAGCACCGCUGCUCACAGACGCUCUGCCAGUCGCCAUAUCCACUCUACCCGGAAUGAAAUCAGGGCUGAUGGCCGUGCGACAUCUUGGUGAACGACCAUUUUUUCAACCCUACCUUACACCCUGCCCCGUUACCCCAGGGUUCCCGUUAAUAAAUCCUGCACCGUUACCGAGAUUUGGAAUGGCGGAGAACCCUGUGCAUCCAACUUUUCCGGUAGCCGGGUUUCAGCAAUAUGGGCUAACACUGCGUGGUCAGACAAUCUUACCCGUUUCACUGUCAACAAGCGACUUACUGCAGACCAACACCUAUGGAUGCGGCUUCUUGCCAUCUGACAACAUUCCACGUACGACGUUUAUGCCGAAUUUGAACGGAGUUUCUCUACUGUGCUAG